UGCUUGGAAUUGACAGCUGCUGGGAGGGCUCAAGACUCACCACCCUCUUCCCUUUCUCACUGCUUUCCCCAUUAACUGCUAGAGACUCGGAAUUCUAGCUGUUCCUCCAGUUGACAGCUUAGAGAAAUCUCCCACAAUGGCUCUUGACAAAGUCAAGGGGCUUUGCACUGAUGCUGAGAUUGAUAUACGCAUCAUCUCAGGCUUGCUUUGUGGUUCAGCCACUGCCAUCUUGAUGCUAAAAUGGGUGAACCAGAGACGAGUCCAGAAGAAACUUGAGGAGGCCAAAAAGAAAAGGGAACUUGGCUUUCAAUGUAUGGAGAAGGCAGCAAAACAGUUCAAACAGCAGAACCCAGGUGUGAAAGCAGCUCCUGUCCUCUCUCUUCCACUUGUGGAAUUGGCUGCCAAGUUGAGAGAUGGCUCUUUGUCUCCAGAAAGUGUCCUGUACAUCUACACUGAAAAGGCCUUAGAAGUUACUCGGGAGAUCAACUGUGUGAUAAACUACCUUCCAGAAUGUGAGGAGCAACUCCAUGAAGUGAAAAAACGGGAGAAAGGAUUGCUUUAUGGAAUCCCUGUCAGUAUCAAGGAAGAUGUUGCUUGCAAGGGGUAUCCUAAUACACUUGGCUUGGUGAAAUUUCUAGACCAUCCUGAGCGGGAGGAUUCUGUAAUAGUCAAAGUAUUAAAGAAGCAAGGGGCAAUUCCAUUUGUAAGGACCAAUACUUCGCAGGCCAUAUUAAACAUUGACUGUGGCAAUACUCUUUUUGGACAAACCUUGAACCCAUUCAACCACCAGAAAUCUUCAGGAGGCUCCAGUGGAGGGGAAGCAGCACUUAUUGGAGGAGGAGGGUCCAUUCUUGGUAUUGGGACAGAUGUGGCUGCAAGUAUCCGGGUGCCUUGUGGCUUUUGUGGGAUCUGUGGAAUCAAACCAACUGGAUAUAGACUGAGCGUCAAAGGUGCUACCACUCCUGUAGCUGGAAUGAACUCAGUCAUCUCUGUGCCUGGCCCAAUGGCAAGAGAUGUGGAUGGUCUGGUUCUGUGCAUGAGGGCCCUUCUCUGUGAUGAGUUGUUUCACCUGGAUCCAUCUGUGCCACCACUCCCUUUCAAUGAAGAGAUUUACUCUAGUUCCAGGCCCCUCCGCAUUGGAUAUUACGAUGACGAUGGCUAUUUCAUGCCAUCUCCCAGCAUGAGACGAGCUGUGCAGGAAACUAGAAAACUCCUACAGGAAGCAGGGCAUACGCUUUUACCCUUCACUCCCCCACGAAUUGAUUUUUUGGUGGAUGAGCUCUUCACUAAAGGACUCUUUGCUGAUGGAACUUCCACCUUAGUGGAAAAGUUUGAUGGAGAGUUUGUGGAUUCCACUUGGACAAACCAGAUACGUUGUUACAGACUGCCAAAUCUGCUGAAGAGGAUUCUAGCUUUCAUUUUAACACCUGUGUUUCCAAGAAUCUCUCGACAUCUACAUGCCCUCCUUGGUGUAGGGUCAGUGAAAAACCUCUGGAAGAACAACGUUGACCGGAUGGCUUACCGUGAUGAAUUCAUUGCAGAAUGGAGGAAGCUCAAGUUGGAUGUUGUACUUUGUCCAGCUUUGGUACCGGCCUUUAACCUUGGAUAUGCUGGCAAGCUAUUUGUUGCUACUACUUAUACCCAUCUGUACAAUGUCUUGAAUUUUCCUGCUGGAGUUGUGCCAGUCUCUACAGUUACUCAGGCUGAUGAAGAGGAGCUGAAACUUUACAAAGGACAUUAUGGGGACCCCUGGGAUAAGAGAAUGAAGGAGGCUGUGGAAGGUGCUGUGGGGCUCCCUGUGGCAGUCCAAUGCGUGGCCUUGCCAUGGCAGGAGGAACUGUGUCUUCGAUUCAUGAAGGAGGUAGAGAGACUCUCACUUGAGAAGAGGGGGAGGAGGAAAAUCUGAGCCUGUUGGAAAGGAGCUUGGAAGGAAUUCAUUGUAUCUGCAAAUAAACAUUUGUGUUGGCUUCUUGAGUUUA